GCACGAGCAUCAACGUUGAGUCAUGUUAGCUUUGGGCCGCUGUAACUCUUCAUCCUCACCGCUCAUCCCUCGUUCAUCAAAUGGCAGCGGAGGGCAAGCGGCGCCCGUGGUGGCCCUUGAGAUGUCGCAGCAGGGAAACCUGACCGCCGGCGGCGUGGUGGUGGUGCUAUUGCCCAUGACGUUGGGUAUCGUGUCCAACAUCGUGGCCCUGAUCAUCUUGGCCAACGCUUACUGGCUCCAGCGACGGCGCUCCAAAGCCAGCUUCCUGCUCUUUGCUACCUCCCUGGUGGUCACGGACUUCAUGGGCCACGUGAUCCCCGGUGCCUUGGUUCUGAGACUCUACCUCUCUGGAGGCGUGCGGCCAGAGGACUCCAACGCUUCUGAUGGCAUGUGCCAGUUCCUGGGAGGAAGCAUGGUGUUUUUCGGCCUGUGCCCGCUCUUCCUGGGUUGUGCCAUGGCCGCAGAGCGCUGUCUGGGUGUAACCAGGCCACUCCUGCACUCCUCCCUGGUGACAAGCGCCCGCACUAAAAUGUGCCUGUCUGCAAUUUGGCUGGCCGCUCUGUUUGUGGCCCUGCUGCCCUGCUUGCAGCUGGGCUCGUACACCUAUCAGGACCCGGGCACUUGGUGCUUUAUUCGAGUGCUCAACGACAUUCACGAGGGGGACGUGGCGUUUGUGCUGCUUUUUUCUGGGCUCGGCCUGAGCUCGCUGGCUGCGGCAGUGGUGUGUAAUACCAUCAGUGGAUUGACGCUAGUGCUGGCGAGGAUCAGGAGGAAGCCCGGAUCGCAUCAUUCGGCUAAGUCACACGACAUUGAGAUGGUGGUGCAGCUGCUGGGGAUCACAGUCACCUCAUGCAUCUGCUGGUGUCCUCUACUGAUCUUUGGCCUGAUGUCCGCCAUCCAAUCCUACACAGGAUCCCUUGGAGAGGAGGUUUCCACCUACAAAAUGCUACUGGUGAUAGGUGUGAGACUGGCCACGUGGAACCAGAUCCUGGACCCGUGGGUCUAUAUCCUGCUGCGCCGAACCGUUCUACGGAAAAUCUACCUCAUUGCAAAGUGCCAAGCGGGCACUUUAUUUGGAUGUUUAGACUCGACAUCUCCUCCCCAGUCAGAGAAGAACGAAGUCAACCAAGCCUAGACUGAGAGAACUGCAUCAAAAAAAUGUUUUUUAAAAAAAACAUAAGAACCGAAGACGUUUGAUAAAAGAAUAUGUCUAAA